AACGCGCCUAUUAGAAAUUCCCUUACCUUUUCUAGUGGAGAAUACUAAAACCCUAAACCUUGAUCGCCCUUUUUCCAAGUUUCAGUUUUUAGUAUCAAUACAGCAAUGGCUUCCAUCUUCAGGAACUCAAAGCUAGCAAUCCCCAAAGCAUUCUUCUCCACUCAGGCCGUAAAACAGAACCCUCCAUUUCCAUCUUUAAAAGCCGCGAAAUCCGCCAUAAUAACCGAGAAGGACCCUGAAAAGCUAGCGGAAAUCUUCGAACAAUGUUCCCAUUUGCCCACUUUCCUCCGCCACCGCCCCAUCUACCACCUCUCCAUCCGCAAGCUAGCCCGUGCCAACCGCCUCGACCUCGUCGACCGGCUCCUCGAGACCCAAAAGCUCCAUUCUCAAGACACCCCUGCGCUCAAAUCCGAAGGUUUUUGGAUUCGUCUCAUUAUGCUUUACUCAAACGCUGGGAUGGUUCCACAAGCACUCCAAACGCUCGACGAUUUGUCUAGAAACAGGUAUUGUAAUAUAUCUGAAAAAUCCCUUUGUGCUAUUCUCACAGUUUAUCUAAACAAUGGUAUGUUUGAGCAAAUUCACGAUUGCUUCAAGACUCUUUCUAAGAAGCUUGGCGUUAAGCCAAAGGUAGUAUCGCAUAACUUGGUAUUAAAAGCAUUUGUAAAAGAAAAUAAGAUCGAAUCUGCACGUGAAUGGGUUGAGAAAAUGGAUGUCAAUCCAAAUAUUGAUACUUAUAACAUAUUGCUAGGGGCUUACUUGAAGAAUGGGGACCAAAAUGGAUUUGAUGGGGUUAUGAAAGAGGUUAUAAAUAAAGGGAUUGAAGGCAAUUUGGCUACUUAUAACCAUAGGAUUUCAAGGUUGUGCAAGAGUAAGGAAUGUGCCAGGGCUAAGAAGUUGUUAGAUGAGAUGAUUUCAAAAGGGAUGAAACCAAAUUCAGCUAGCUAUAAUACUAUUAUUGAUGGGUUUUGUAGGAUAGGGGAUUUAGAAUCGGCUAAGAAGGUUUUGGAUAAGAUGCUGAGUGAUGGGUAUGUUUUGCCUUGUUCAUUUGCUUAUUAUAGCUUGAUUAGGAGUAUGGUGAAUGAAGGAGAGUUGGAUAUGGCUUUGGAAAUGAGCAAGGAAAUCAUAAAGAGGAAAUGGGUUCCACCGUUUGAGGCGAUGGAAGGUCUGGUUAAAGGGUUGGUAGAAAGGUCGAGAUCAGAGGAAGCUAAGCAAGUUGUUGAGAAGAUGAAAAAGAGGCUUAAAGGUGAUGCCUUAGAAUCAUGGGGCAAAAUUGAAGCUGCUCUUCCUCUAUAAAUGAUAUUGAAGCAAUGGUGAGGUCUGGUUAAAGCUUUGGAGGGUUGCUCUUUCUUCAUAGAAGCAAAUGCAAGGCCAUGCAACUUGAUCUUCCUCCAUUGAGUUAUCACAAGAUAUGCUCAUUUCUAUUUGGUGAAAUGGCAUAUUAAGCUUCUGAAUUUUAACAAUUUUGUUGCAUCUGAUAAAUCUUGUGAUUUUAUGUUUUGAGGGGAAAAAAAUGAUUAUUUAGUAAUAAUUAUUGGAAUCUUAGGCUGGUUUUGAGUA